UUUUCACUGACAAUAAACCUCAACCCGAUCCCUACCGACCCCCCAACCCCCGCCGCUCCCGAGGUUAUCGACGAAGGCCGGCACCACCUCACCUCGAGAAGCUCCACUAGGGCUAGGGUUUGGUCUCGGCCCUUCUACGGCGGGCGGGCGAUGGCAAUGGAGGGCGGCAGCGCGGCACUGCCACCGGCGGCGGAGGUGAAAAACCCGAGGUGCUUUAUGGACGUCAGCAUCGGCGGCGAGAUGGAGGGGAGGAUCGUGGCGGAGCUCUACGCGUCCGUGGUGCCGCGAACGGCGGAGAACUUCCGCGCGCUCUGCACCGGAGAGAAGGGUGUCGGCGCCGCCAGCGGCAAGCCGCUCCACUUCAAGGGCUCAUGCUUCCAUCGCGUUAUCAAAGGGUUUAUGCUACAAGGUGGAGAUAUAACUGUUGGUGAUGGAACAGGAGGAGAAUCAAUUUACGGGUUGAAAUUUGAGGAUGAGAAUUUUGUUUUAAAGCAUGAGAGAAAAGGAAUGCUAUCAAUGGCAAAUUCUGGUCCCGACACAAAUGGUUCUCAGUUUUUCAUUUCUACCACCCGGACACCUCAUUUAGAUGGGAAACAUGUUGUUUUUGGGAGAGUGAUAAAGGGGAUGGGGGUGGUUCGCUCUAUUGAGCAUGUCCCUGUUGGAGAAGCUGACUGCCCCACUGCUGAUGUUGUAAUUGUUGAUUGUGGGGAACUUCCCGAAGGUGCUGAUGAUGGAGUUGCGAACUUUUUCAAAGAUGGUGACAUGUAUCCUGAUUGGCCCAGUGAUCUUGAAGAGAAGCCCACAGAGGUUUCAUGGUGGAUGGAUGCUGUGGAGUCUGCUAAAGCUUAUGGGAAUGACUAUUUCAAGAAACAGGAUUACAAGACAGCCAUCAGAAAGUACAGGAAAGCUCUGCGCUACUUGGAUGUUUGCUGGGAGAAAGAAGAGAUAGAUGAAGAGAAGAGCACAGCACUCCGGAAGACCAAGUCCAUAAUACUUACUAAUAGCUCUGCAUGCAAAUUGAAGUUGGGAGAUCUAAAGGGUGCUUUGUUAGAUGCGGAUUUUGCACUGCGUGAAAGGGAGGGAAAUGCUAAGGCCUUUUUCCGACAAGGACAGGCACACAUUGCACUUAAUGACAUCGACGCAGCGGUGGAGAGCUUCAAGCAUGCAUUGGAGUUGGAGCCAAAUGAUGGUGGAAUCAAAAGAGAGCUAGCUGCUGCAAAGAAGAAGAUUGCUGACAGAAGAGAUCAGGAGCGGAAGGCAUUCGCUAGGAUCUUCCAACCUUAUGCAAAAUCUGACAAAAGUAGCGAAGAAAACAAUUGAUCUGUAGUUUCUUUCCCCCGGCAUAGACUUUUGUUUGCUUAAUCUGGGACACAGAGCUGAACUUUCAGCGAAAAGGUGUUUAGGGAUUCGGCGCUGCAAAAAUGUGGAUUCCCAAUCUUAGAUAGAAGGAAAAGAUAGUGGGGGAAGGAAAGCUUUUGUUUUCUUUUACUACAGAAGUUGCAAUGGGUGUGCCCCAGUGUUGUCUUCAGGAAACCUACGACAUGGAACUUAACAGUGCAAUUUUCAGACGUUGCAGCAAGGCAUGCCUAUAGACCGUAUUCCCUUUUUGUGUGGACCGUUGUGGCCUACCAGACAAUUGACACCUCUUGUGCGUGGAUUGCCUGUUUCGCUUUUGUGGUGUUCUCUGACCUCUGGGCGCCUUUUGUCUGCCACAUCUGUUUGUUGCCGAACGCUAUAUGCCUGGUUUCUACGUUACAUUUUUUUUCCGGUUCGUGUUCCUCGGUUCACGACCGUUUCUGGCGUGUCUGAGGCGAAGUUUCGCGUGCACCUCACGCGCGCGUCAGGGAAUGAUUUAUUUGUUCGGUUUUCA